UUUAGACUUUCCAUCUGGGUAUUAUUUUUUGCGAAAUGGGUAUUUGUUAUAAUUUGAUUUUAGUAACAUAUGGAUUGAUUCUUUGUAAUUUAAGAUUGAUAAAUGGGUUCGGGACAUAUGGGUUUAAUAUACAUCAUAGAUAUUCUGAUCCUGUUAAAGGUAUUUUAGAUAUAGAUGACCAUAAUUUGCCUAAAAUGGGCUCACUUUACUAUUACUCUGCUAUGGCCCACCGUGACCGGCUGUUUCAUCGUAGAAGACUUGCUGGCUCCGGCUCCGGUGAUCCUAGUCUUGAAUCUUCUUUAACCUUUCUAGAUGGCAAUGAAACUUUUAGAAUACCUGCUCUUGGAUACUUGCAUUAUGCAAAUGUUUCAGUUGGUACCCCGAGCUUAUGGUUUUUGGUGGCACUCGAUACCGGUAGUGACUUGUUUUGGAUACCUUGCGAUUGUCAAAGCUGUGUGAAGGGUUUAGUCACAAGAACUGGAAGGCAGCUAGACUUCAAUAUAUAUAGCCCUAACACGUCCUCAACGAGUGACAAAGUUCCCUGUAAUAGUAGCUCCUGUGAACUUCGAAAAGAGUGCACCGGAAAAACAGAUAUAUGUCCAUAUCAAGUCAAUUAUGUUUCACCUAAUACAUCAUCAACCGGGAUCUUGAUAGAAGAUAUUUUACAUUUGACAACCGAGGAUAGCACAAUGAAAGCCGUUAAUGCAAAAAUCAAAUUCGGCUGUGGAAUGUAUCAAACAGGCUCGUUUUUAGAAGGUGGAGCCCCCAAUGGUCUAUUUGGGCUCGGCAUGAAGAACAUAUCUGUUCCUAGCACUUUAGCCAGUAAUGGUCUUGCCGCUAAUUCAUUCUCAAUGUGCUUCGGCAGUGAUGGUCUUGGACGAAUCAAUUUUGGAGAUAAAGGAAGCUCAGAUCAAGGAGAAACUCCAAUCAAUCUUGGUACACAACAUCAAACAUAUAACAUCAGCAUGACAAAAGUGGCUGUGGGAAACAAUGUUACUAAUGUUGAUUUUACUGCCAUAUUUGACACGGGUACCUCAUUCACGUAUUUGAACGAUCCUGCAUAUUCGGUUAUUAGUAAAAGUUUUGAUUCACAGAUAAAAGAGGCUCGGAGUCGGCCUAGUUCAGAUCUUCCCUUCAAGCAUUGCUACAACUUAAGUCCAGAGCAAAAUUUCACAGCGCCAUUGAUUAAUCUAACGAUGAAAGGUGGAGACCCGUUUACUGUCAUGGAUCCCUUGGUUUUUGUUCUUAGUGAGAAUAGUUCCGAUGUAUGUCUGGGUAUUGUCAAAAGUGAGGAUAUAAACAUCAUUGGCCAAAACUUUAUGACUGGUUAUCGAGUAGUGUUUGAUCGUGAGAAGAAUAUAUUGGGCUGGAAACCUUCUAACUGUUACAAGGAUAUCAACAUAGAAUCAAUUACACCAGCCCCAAGCCCGCUGCCCUCUCCAGCAGGUUCUCCACCUAUGUCUGAAGGACCCAGACCAAUGUCAAGGAAUGUUUCACCUAACUCGAGUAAAGUGAACACAGAAAACACUGCCUCCACAAUAUCAUACACAAGUUUCAUACUCAUAGUCUCUAUUUUUACCAAUUUCCUCAUGGUGGUUUCAAUGUAAUGUGAUUCUAAAGGAUAUAGAGUUACCUCCCUAUGAUGCGGUAUACACAAACAGAAUCAUAUCACACAUAUAGUGAUACAUACAUAGAUACUUGCCGAUUAUUAUGUAGUACUUGUAUUGAUGUUCUAUAUAGUUUUGUUUGUAAAAAAACAUUAUGAUACACACUUCAAUAUAAUAAGGGAUUUCUGUUUUAA